AAAUUACGUCCUUUGUAUAAUUUUACACGCUUGACUCUGAAUAAACUUUAUAAUCAGAUCUAUGCAUACAUUUGAUGGAUUCCAAUCUUAGUAUCAGUUCAACAGUAUAGGAAACAGAACAAAGGGGGAGAACUAUUUUAAAACUGUGUACACCGCUAUCGAAGUUUAUUAUAAGAAACCUAGAACAAAGGAGAGAACUACUUUAAGACUGUGUACGCCGCUAUCGAAGUGUAUUGUAAGAAACCUAGAACAAAAGGGGAGAAGUACUUUAAAAGUGUGUAAGAAGCUACUGGAGUACAUUGUAUAAAGUAAGAAACCAAGAACAAAGAGGGAGAAGUACUUUAAAAGUGUGUAAGAAGCUACUGAAGUACAUUGUAUAAAGUAAGAAACCAAGAACAAAGAGGGAGAAGUACUUUAAAAGUGUGUAAGAAGCUACUGAAGUACAUUGUAUAAAGUAAGAAACCAAGAACAAAGAGGGAGAAGUACUUUAAAAGUGUGUAAGAAGCUACCGAAGUACAUUGUAUAAAGUAAGAAACCAAGAACAAAGGCGGAGAGCUGCAUUAAAAGAAGCUUCGGAAGCAGCAAAUAUCCUAAUGGAGGAAACAUUUGAUAUAAAAUGCGGGAGAGGAAUGUUUGACACUAUGAGUGAUAUUAAAGCAGAAACCAAACAAAAUAUAAACAUGUAUGAAAUGGAAAAGUGUUUUAACUGUGAUUCUUGUGAUUUUGCAUCAAAAUCGAGAAGUAAAUUGAAGAUUCACUUAAGAAUACAUACAGAGGAGAAACCCUUUAAAUGUAAACUUUGUGAUUAUGCAGGUAACCAGAGAGGGAAUCUAAAGAAACACAUGAAAAUACAUACAGGGGAGAAACCUUUUAAAUGCAAUCUUUGUGAUUAUGCAGGCAGACUGAAAGGUACUUUGAAGUGUCACAUGAUGAUACAUACAGGAGAAAAGUGCUUUAAAUGCAAUGUUUGUGAUCAUGCAUUUUACGUAAAAGGUGAUCUAAAGAAACACAUGAAAAAACAUACAGGAGAUAUUAAGAGAUUUAAAUGUGGCAUUUGUGACAAAAAAGUUAACACAAAGUGUAGUCUGAAGAAACAUGUAAAGAGAAAACAUACAGUUGACAAACCCGUGAGGUGCAAGAUAUGUGACUAUGCAUGUGUUGAAAGCUCCAACCUAAAGGGCCAUAUGAGAAUACAUACAGGAGAAUAUUUAUAUAAAUGUAAAAUGUGUGAUUAUAAAUGUAACCAAUCCAGUAAUCUGAAGAGACACAUGCUAAAACACACAGGGUUGCGAAGCUUUAAAUGUGAUGUUUGUGCUAACGCAUUUUACACAAUUUAUGAGCUAAAGAAUCAUAUGGAAAUACAUACAGGAGAUAAAUGCUAUAAUUGUGAUAUUUGUGGUUCUGCAUUUAGGUCAAAAAGUAGUCUGACAAAACACAUUGAAACACAUGUAGGGGAGAAACACUUCAGCUGUGAUUUUUGUAACUAUGUUACAAAUACUAAGGCUCAUCUAAAUGAACAUAUGACAGUACAUAGUGAAGAGAAGACCUAUAAAUGUAGUAUUUGUGAUUAUUCCUGCAACUCAAGAGCUUAUUUGAAGACACAUAUCAGUAUUCAUAGAGGAGAGGCGAAGAUCUUUAAAUGUGAUGUUUGUGAUUACACAUGUCACCAUCCUAGUAAUCUGAAGAGACAUAUGGCAAUACAUACAGGAGAGAAACGCUUUAAAUGUAACAUGUGCGAUUAUGUGUGUAAUGUAAGAAAUUCUAUGAACCGGCAUAUGGCAAGGCAUACAGGAGAAAAACGCUUUAAGUGUGACGUUUGUGAUUGUGCGUACCACGAUGGCAGUGGUCUGAAGAGGCAUAUGGCAGUACAUACAGGAGUGAAACGCUUUAAAUGUGAUGUUUGUGAUUAUGCAUGCAAUCUAAAAAACAUUCUGAAAAAUCAUAUGAAGAUACAUACAGGAGAGCGAAGCCUUAAAUGCAAUUUGUGUGAUUUUGCAUGUUAUAAUAGCAGUAAUUUGAAGAGGCAUAUGGCAAUACAUACAGGAGAGAAACGCUUUAAAUGCGAUGUUUGUGAUUAUGCAUGCAAUGAAAGAACCAGGCUGCAAACACAUAUGAAGGUACAUACAGGAGAAAGAAACAUUAAAUGUAAUAUGUGUGAUCAUACAUUCCGCUAUAAUAGUAGUCUGAGGAGCCAUAUGGCAAUACAUACAGGAGAGAAACAAUUUAAAUGUGAUGUUUGUGAUUAUAUGUUUUACCAGCGCUCUCAUCUUAAGAGACAUAUGUCAAUACAUAUGGGAGAGAAACAAUUUAAAUGUGGUUUUUGUGAUUAUGCGUGUAAUCGAAGAGAUUCUCUGAAUCAGCAUAUGAAACUACAUACUGGAAAAAAAUGUAAAUGACAUGAUUGCAAUUAUGCAUGUACUUCAAGCAGUUACCUCAAAAUGCAUCUAGGCAAAAACAGAAAUGGGAGACAAUUUUUACAUGUGAAGUAUAUGAAAGUGCAAGGGGUAAUCUAAGGGUACAUAUGAAAAACAUACAGGACAAAAAAUGAUUAAGAUAUGAUAUCCAGUAAACUGGUCUUCCGUACAGUGUCAUAUGAAAUGAAAAUACAGGACUUAAUCCAAGCAGUAAUUGGAAGACACAUAUUUGAAAAUAUUUUGAACAUGAUUUGUAAUUAUGCAUGUAUUAUAUUCAAAUAUAUCUCUUUUGUGGUUCCAUUAAUGCAUAUUUCUUUUAUAGGUGUA